AUGGCACCAAAUAUUUCAUCGUCUUUUGCUGAUUCGAGACCCGAAAAUUUGACCUCCUCAAUUACUUCACGUUCCUCACAACUACAAUCACAAGAACAUCAAUCUAUUCACGCAAUAGUAAGGCACAGCGAAUUGCAAAAUGACGUCUUAAUACAGGCACUACGAACAGCCGUAGAAGCGUGUUGUAACACUUCAGACCCAGAAAUUCUUCCGAAACUAAUGUACACUGUGAUGACAACCGUCGAGCAAAAUUUACAUAAUCAUGAUUCACCAUUAUACGGAAGUCGAAAUGCAGGAUUACAAGAACAUUUUGAGAAUUGGCGUGCACCACUGGAUGCACGUGUCGAUAUUAAUUUAAAGAUUAGGCCCAUUACUGCUUCCGAAAAUUUAAUAAGAAAGAGAAAAGAAGAUAAUAGCAAUCAAUCAAAACCAACUAACAUUUUGUCGAAUUGUGAGGGUGCUUUUAGAUAA